AUGAGUUCUCCCCUCGUCUCGGAGUUGACUGAGUUGGCGGCGCCGCGCCCGGGCUUCCGGCUUUCGGCGCCCCACGCGCUCGCGGCUCGCGGGGCUGCAGCCCACGCCCGUGCCGGACUCUGCGCCGCGCCGGGGGAGCCGAGGCUCCGGAGCUCCUGUCCCGGCUCCAGUCCGGGAAAAAGGAGGGCUGUUCCCUGGCCGAGGCGCACGGCCGCGCGCUUUUCCCGCACUCUCCGCGGCCCGAUCUGUCUCUCCAUGGCGUCUCAUCAGCAAUCCCGGAUCCAGGCUUACCUGGAGAAGAACAAGAUCGGUCCCCUGUUUGAGGAAUUAAUGACCAAAUUAAUAACUGAAACACCUGACCAGCCAAUCCCAUUUCUCAUUGACCAUCUUCAGUCUAAACAAGGAAACCGCGGACAACUUCAAAGAACUUUAUCUGGAUCUGCAGCUCUCUGGGCAGAAAGUGAAACGUCAGAACAUAAAGGAACAAGAAGGGAUUUCAGAAGUUAUGAUAAGCCUUGGCAAUUAAAUGCAAAGAAGCCUAAAAAGUCAAAAAGUGACCUUGCUGUGUCUAACAUUUCUCCACCAUCACCAGAAUCCAAAUCAUUGCCAAAGUCAGUAGAUCAUCCUAAGUGGAACUGGCGAAUUAAACCAGAAAGCUGUGAUUUUGAUGAAUUGAACCACAUCCUUCAAGAGAGCAAGAAGCUGGGAAAAGCCCUUGAGAAUCUUUCUCGAAGUAUUGCAAUUUCAGAUGAACUCGAUAAGGAAACAGUGGCGUUUAAUUCUUCUCUUCUGAGACCCCGUGUGAUUGGAGAAUGGAUUGGUCGAGAAGAGAAUGAUGCUGACCCACUAGCCGCUGAAAUGCUACAGCCCCCAGUUCCAAGAAGUAAAAAUGAACAAUGGGAAAAUGAAGAUAAUAGCUCUAGCCCUGCAGGAAGCUUAAAGGUGGAGCCCAAGACUAAAGGAUUAAAACAACAGCAACAACAACAUAAGAAACUUCUGGCAGCAAUGCUCUCUCAAGAUUCUUUUGAGUCUCUCCACAGCCCUACCCCAUCUGUAACAGAAGAAGAUAUUGAUAAUGAAGAUGAUGCAAUGGAAUUGCUGGAGGAUCUUGAUGAUUUAAGAAUGGAGGGAGUAACUACCCUUGUGCCUUCUGGGAGCAAAUUUAACCAAGGUCGUGCUACUCACCCUGCUGAACCUCAGGCCAAGGUCACACUGAACAUCUGUUCAAGGUGUGCCAGGCUUCAAGGAGACAACCUGGCAGAAAGGACGGAGGAAACUUCACAAGCACUUCAUUCUCCAGAUGAAAUACCAGAUUCUUUGGAUUCUUUACCCGGGACUGAAGAAGCACUAAUGGAAGAGGGUGAAGAAUUUGAGAAAGCAUCUAAAUUAAUAGGACCUGGAGAAGCCUCCAGUGGAGGACAGUCACUGAAAAACUACAUGGAAGAAGAUGAAUCUUUAAAGCAAUUGCAAGUAGUUCAUCAGCCAUGGAUCUUGCCAAGUGACACAGAAAGUGAAGGAGUAGAAGCAGAACAAGAUAAACGUUCUGCUGAUCUUCUCCUUUGUGUUCCAUGCUCUUCUUGUCCUACCCUGGUCUACUCUGGUCUGUGAAGCAGGCAGAAGUUGCAGGUGGUCCUUAAAGAAAUUGCAGUUAUUCAAAUCCUUAUGUAUAGUUCUAAUUUUAUUUACUAUGUGUCAUCAUUUAGAGAAUGGUUAUUUUUAUAAUAUCAAUAAUAAACAAGUACUCUUGUAACCAGGGGGUGCCUAAAUGUGUAAUCAGAGAACACUAACCCUGGCAAAGGAUUCUGGAGUGGUCAGGAUGUCUGCUGCCUUUUGACAUGGUUAGUGUCCUGGGUUUAGAUUACUUUAUACCUAGUUAUUAGGAUUACUAUUUGAUACAUUAAAUAUUGCCUGAUUCAAA